UGUCAUUCGCCCCACACUCCGGUUUAUAACGUUCUAAUUGUUCUUUCUUAAUUCUUAGUCAUUUUCUAGCCGAUCGGCAGAAUGGACUCGUAUGAUAAUACGGUUCAAGAUACGUCGAAUUUUGGCGUUACUAAUGACUCUUACAACGCAUACGAUACGUCGCAUCAGGACAAUUACCAGUCCCAACAACACUCUGAAGCGACUCAUGAUCAUUAUUCUUUUGCGAAGGAAAGUGAUAACCCGAAAAUUCCAGAACCAAAAAGCGUUGAGUUCAACCUACCGUCUUCAUUGGACGAAACUUCGGAUUUGAUAGACAUACAAAAAGAUGAUGUCCUUUCGGAAUCUCAAGAAUCAACUUCUCAGCUUGAAUUAGGAAACUACGAAAAUUCCAUCAUAGAUCAUUUUGAUUCAGUAUUUAUUAACUUGGAGAAGGAUACUAAAUCAAGAAAUGAAGUUCAAAAUACCACUAGAAAUGAGACUGGCAUGAGCAAUCAAAAUAAUACUCCAGAAAAGGAUGAUUACAGAUGCUGCAGUUGCAACGGAGGACCAUUAGUGUGUUUAGCCUUCUUUUGUGAUUGUUUUGGUGGACUUUAAAGUUCAAAUGGUCCAAAAAGCACAUAAAAUUGAACAAUCAGUAUUAGUUUAGUACAAAAUCAGCUUUUUAAAUUAUUACAAUUAUUAAAUGACGAUGUGAGAUAUUUCACUUUCUUAAACGUUCAAAAAUAAUAACUUCAAAGCGCAUGUUUGAAAAAAGUUAAAAUAGAUUUUUUAUACAUUUAUAUAUGAAAAAUGACUGAAAAACAUGACAAUAGUAUCACUGUAAAAUAAUUUUUUAAAAAUCAAAUGUUUUUAUAAACCUUUUUAACUACAUUCCAUAGAAAUUACUUGUAUAUUCAAUACUGAAUUCAUAAGUGCUGAUGUUCUCUGCAGUGAUUAUACUUUGAAGACUUACAAAAUGAUAAUACAUGUGAUACCUGAAUUGAUUACAAUACUUUGAAUGUUCUAAAAUGAAAACACAUGUGCAGUUCAUAAUGUGUCAUAAUUGUAGAUUAAUUCGAUAUGAAUAGAAUAGUACUAAGUUGCUUAAUUGUUGUUCAUUAUUAGAGAAAUUAUAAUAAUUUGUUAACCAAUUGUUUAAACGUUUUAAUAAAUUUUUAA